AUGGCUUCAUCCCAGGGCCAGAUCAAUAUCGCCGACCUCGACGUUCCACAACUAGCGGAUGUUCGACGACAGCUUGAGGAAGAGCUGAACCACCUCUCAAAUUCGUACGCACAGCUACGACAGGCGCAGGCCAAAUUCCGCUCUUGCAUUGACAACGUCGCGGAGGUGAAGCCGGCGAAUAAAGACAAGACUGUUCUCGUCCCUCUCACCAACUCGCUCUAUGUUCCCGGGAAGCUGACCGAUGUGGAAAAUGUGAUCGUGGAUGUUGGAACGGGAUACUUUGUGAAGAAGACGCGCGCAGAAGCUACCAAACAUUACGAGUCCAAGGUCGAAUACAUCCGGACGAACCUCGAAGCGCUACAGGAGACGAUCCAGAAGAAGCAGGAAAACAUGAACUACCUCAUCAACAUCCUCCAAAUGAAGCUCCAGCAACAGGCGGGUGGGAAGGACGGAAAAGCCAGUUGA